AUGACACCAAUACUAUCAACAAUAUAUUCAACAUUUAAAUCAUCAACAACACCAAAUAUAAUAUCAUCAAUAAACACAAAAAUGUCAUCAACAAUACAUCAAUGCGAUGAAAUGUCUUAUAUAUACGAAACAACUUUACAAAAAUUUAACAACUAUCAUGAACGAGAGAAAAGUUUAAGGAAGUUCGUGUUGCUUCAAGACGAUAUAAAGAAAGAAGAAGAAACUUGGUUGGAUGCUUGUUUAGAUAAUGCUAGUUUAGACGAAUACGAUGAUGGUUAUGUUUAUGUAAUUAAACCUAAUGAUGGCGAUCAACAAAUAAUCGGUGAAGUUGGAGGUGUUGUAGUGGCAGGAGAAAAAGAAGAAAAAGAACCAAUAAUUAACUAUAGAGAUGAAAUAAUAAUACCUAAUGAUCUAUUUUUAGAAGAAUCCAAGAUUAAUAGUAAUAUUAACAGUAAAAUUGGCAAUAAUAAUAUCAUUAGUAAUAACAAUAAUAUUUCUGAUCAAGAAUUUCAUCCAUAUUGGAAAGAUAAUAGUAUAAUACGACCAAAAUCAGCAUCUCUACCACCUUCUAUUGAUCAUUAUCGCCACGCGAUUCUAGAUUUAUUACAAUCCGAUAAUCAACCAUAUUUCUUCGAUCAGUCAACUAAUACUACAAAUAACACUAACCGAUCCCAAGAUGAUCUUGACAUGCUGUUCUAUUCUCCACCAAAAGAUUUAUUAGAUCAUGGAAUGUUAUCGGAUAUUAUUAGUAUGUUGGAAUGGUACGGUGGAAAGAAAAAUGAUUCAUCUAAUAACAAUGGUAACAACAAUGAUCCUAAUAACAAAAACACGACAACUACAGCCACAGAAUGUGUUAAUACAUCUAUCAAUGCAAAUAAUUGGUUUGUAGAGUGUGAAAAAUGUUAA